CGGUGCACCGGGCGGGACUACAGCUCCCGGCGGCCCGCGCUGCCCGCCCCUCCCCGCCCCUGCCGCAGAGCCGGGCGGGCCCCGCUCCCGGUGCAGGUGGCCGGGCCUCAGCGGAUGCCCCGGAGUCCGGCCACAAUGCUGCGUUUGGCUGCUUUUGCAGCUGUGCUGCUGUUCCUCAGGGUCACUCUGGAACUGUCCUGGAUCCAGGCCAUCCCUGCUCUCUUCAUCUUCUACCUGGCAUCUGGUGGAUGGGAGUUUUUCCUCAUAUUCCUCAAGACAUUACCAAGGGAUGUGAGCACGGGGCUGGUCCUGCUGCGGGUGAAGUGGCAGGUAUGGAGGCACGUGAAGGAGAAGAACACCAUCGCCAAGAUCUUCCAGAAGACCGCAAGGAAAUAUCCAGAGAAGACAGCGCUGAUCUUCCAAGGCACAGGAGAGAGCUGGACCUUCCGUCAGCUGGAUGAGUACUCCAACCAGGUGGCCAAUUUCUUCUACGGCCAAGGCUUCCGCUCGGGGGACGUGGUGGCGCUUUUCAUGGAGUCCCGCAACCAGUACGUGGGGCUGUGGCUGGGGCUGGCCAAGAUCGGCGUGGAGACGGCCCUGGUGAAUUCCCACCUGCGCCUGGACGCCCUGCUGCACUGCAUCACCAUCUCCAGCUCCAAGGCUGUGGUUUUUGGCGUGGAGAUGAUGGAAGCAAUGCAGGAAGUGCAGCCCUCCCUGGAUAAAUCCAUUCAUCUCUUCUGGUCUGGGGAUGAAAAUCCUAAAUCUGUUCUCCCUGGUGCAAAACACCUGGACCCCCUCCUGCAGAUGGCCCAGCGACACCAGCCAGCUCCCCCUGCUAAGGGCUUUCUUGAUAAACUCUUCUACAUCUACACCUCUGGCACGACGGGGCUGCCCAAGGCUGCCAUUGUGGUGAACUGCCGGUACUUCCGCAUGUCCAGCUUGGUUUUUUACGGUUUCCGGAUGAGGUCUGAUGAUGUGAUCUACGACUGCCUCCCUCUCUACCACGCUGCAGGGAACAUCGUGGGCAUUGGGCAGUGCCUGCUGCAGGGCGUGACGGUUGUCAUCCGCAAGAAGUUCUCAGCCUCACACUUUUGGGAGGACUGUGUGAAAUACAACUGCACGAUCGUGCAGUACAUCGGGGAGAUCUGCCGCUACCUGCUGAACCAGCCGUACCAGGACACGGAGCGGCAGCACCGCGUGCGCAUGGCCGUGGGCAACGGGCUGCGCGCCUCCAUCUGGAGGGAGUUCAUGGCCCGCUUCGGCAUCCCCCAGGUGGCCGAGUUCUACGGGGCCACCGAGUGCAACUGCAGCCUGGGAAACUUUGAUGGCAAUGUUGGGUCAUGUGGCUUCAACAGCAGGAUCCUACCAAAUGUGCACCCCAUUGGUUUGGUGAAGGUGGAUGAAGACACUAUGGAGCUGAUCCGGGGGCCGGAUGGUGUCUGUAUCAGCUGCAGACCAGGGGAGCCGGGGCAGCUGGUGGGUCGCAUUGUCAGGAGCAAUCCCCUGCAGCACUUCGAUGGCUACCUGAAUCAGUCAGCCACCAACAAGAAAAUUGCCAGGGACGUGUUUGCAAAAGGGGACGCUGCCUAUCUCACAGGGGAUGUCCUGGUGAUGGACAAAUAUGGCUACAUGUACUUCCGAGACCGCACCGGGGACACCUUCCGAUGGAAAGGGGAGAACGUCUCCACCACGGAGGUGGAGGGAACGCUGAGCCGCAUCCUCAACCUGACGGACGUGGUGGUGUAUGGCGUGGAGGUCCCAGGGGUUGAAGGGAGGGCAGGAAUGGCAGCCAUUGCCGACCCAGAGAACUCCUGUGACUUAGAAGACUUUUCCAGCAAGCUGAAAAAGGCCCUGCCACUGUAUGCACGCCCCGUCUUCCUGCGGUUCCUGCACGAAGUCUCCAAGACAAGCACUUACAAGUUCCAGAAGAUGGAGCUGCGGAAGCAGGGCUUUGACCCCGCACUGGUGAAGGACAGGUUGUAUUUUCUGGACUCCAGGCAAGGCUGUUACCUGCCACUGGACCAGGCAGCGUUCAGCAGAAUCCAGUCCGGAGACCAGAAGCUGUAACUGGUGGGGCUCAAGCCAGGCACCUCCCAAAUCCUGCUGGGGAGAGGGGGCAAGGCAGGCACUGGGGAAGGAAAGGUUCACAGAGUGAUAUAAAAGGCACGCUAGAGAUUUUAUUUGACAAGUUUUACAGAUAAGGGUUUGGGAGGAGCACACAGGGGAUUGAGGGGAGGGGGGAUGGUCAUAUACCAAAGCAUUGACUCAUUAUGGCUUUAUUUUCUGCUUGAUACAGUUGUGGUGGUCCCAUGCCAUGGGAGGGGCAGGGCCCUGGCCAGUUGAGGAGGGGUGGGGUGCCCCUGCCAUUCCACUUUGCUUUUCCUGUCUUUCCCUACCUUUUCCUGCCUGCAGCCACCCUUCCUUGUGAAGGCCAGUGCUGGGCUCUUCCCCACUUCUCUACCAAGCAGCCAGCUUCUCCUUGGCACAGGGACCCAGUUGGCAGAGGGAAGGUGGGUGCCAGGCGCAGCCCCUUCCCUCUGCUUGGCCUUGCUGGUGUUGUGUGUCUGCUGUGAAUCAGGGGAGCAGGGUAGUGUUGGGCUCAGGAGGGGGGCAGAGGUGUGUUUCUGCCAUGCCAUCUCUCUCCUGGGGAUGACAUUUCUGUUUUUCACAAGUACACGCACAUUAUAUUAUAUUAUAUCUAUAUAUAUAUGUGUGUGUGUGUGUAUAUACAUAUAUAUAUAUAUAAUACACGCUGACCUUUUUUUUUUUUUUUCAAUCUUAAUUUAUUGUCUGUACUUUUGAAUGUGUCUCGGGUUUGUGCAGUAGGUGGAGGGAUAGCCCAGGCCUGUCCUCUCUUGGAGAAUGCUUUUCUCUCACAGGGAGGUGGGAUGCUCAUCUGGGACUGAUUCACCUCUUCCAGCGUGGGUGCAACUGUAAAUGUCCUUGUGGCCUUGCUCCAUGGUGGAGGACAUGAGCAAAUCCCACUAUCUUGUGGACACUUCUCUGGGUCUUUUACUUCCAUCUUUUAUGGAUGCAGCAUUGUUUUGUGGACCUUCUUCCUUGCUGCAAGCAAGUGGGAGAGUGGGAAGAAGGGCUGAGUUUGCCUUUGCUUAGAUGUACUCAGGAGGUAACUUGUCAGGGGAAAGAACAUCCUCUGGAGGGUGGCCUCUGUGAGAGCCUGACUUCCUGUGCUCUGCAUCCCUUCCCAAAAGAGCCCUCCCUGUCUCCAGCACCAGAGCAGGGCCCUGAACUGAAAUGUCUGUGUGAAACACCUGACUUGUGCUAUGUGAAUUCCCCAUGUUGUGUCUGAUAUGAAACAGCCUCAGCUGCGACGUUCAAUUCCAGUUCUCAGAAAACAAGCAGAAAUUUCUCUUCCAGAGAAAACUCUGGAUUGGGUUGUUUUUGGGGGUUUUUUUUUGUUUUAUUUUUGGUUUUUUUUUUUAAUAAUUUGGUUUUAUGCUUUUAGCAGUUACUCCUUAAAAUGACAUCUGUCUUUUGUGAGGGCAGGGUGUGUCUGCUCUUCUAGCUGUGCUUCCACACCAACGUACCUGCCUGCCUCAGUCCGUCCUGGUCUCACAAUUAAACACAAGUAUGGGUCUAUGCUGCUGUUUCCUACCUCUUCCUUGUACAGUCCUGCUUCGUGAGGGAAGGUGGGGGACUUUGCUGGUUUGGGGACUGCCACUCCAGAGCAUCACCUCCCUGUGUGCAUUUUGGCUUAUCUUAUAGCAGGGGGAACGAGCCCCUUGCUGCUGGGUUUAAUGACUAUGUGAACACAACAUGUUGAUCAGACCCUUCCCAGUUUCUUCCACUAACUCUACACACCCUGUUUUUCCUUGUUCUAUCCUCAGCAUUACCAUGCCAGUUUGUUCUGGCCCAGUUCUCCCUGUUUACCCUUGGACAUGUGGUUCUCCCACCCCUCUCCUGUUCUCUAUUUCCCCUUCCUUCUGCUUCUCUCUGUCUUUGUCCAUGCUGAAUUUCCCAGCUCAUUUCUGCCCUUCCAGACAGGUUUUUUGGUAGCCAUUCCACUUCCCCUGCUGCCAGAACCAUCUUUUACACCUUCUGCAUCCAACCUUGGUAAUAGGAGAACCUGGCUCCUUCUUGGUGUGGGGCUGCCAGGGACAAAUGUCUUCCAUGAGCCUGAGUGAAAUGUGUUGCCUGGUGAGCCACACCAUAAGAAGA